AUGACAGUUCUGCCGGUUUUUUAUGACGUGGAUCCAUAUGAUGUGCGGAGGCAAAGAGGAAAUUUUGCAUAUGCUUUUGAUGAACACGAAGAACGAUUUAAGGAGAAUAUUGAGAAGCUUGAAGUUUGGAGAGAAGCUUUGAGAGAAGUGGGGAAUCUGUCUGGUUGGGUUGCUACUGGAGAUAGUAAAUAUAAUCAUACAGUUACAGUUCUUAUAUGGGUAGUUGAGUAUUUCUAUCCAUGUUUCCUGAGCCAUAAUGUGUCAGAAUUAAUCAAAAGCAUUGUGGAACAGAUAUCACAAAAUCUGAGUUCAAGUUUCUCAAGCAUUACCAAUGACUUGGUAGGAAUGGAUUCUUCAGUGCAAGAAUUGAUCACUGCAUAUUUAAAAAAUAGGAACAAUGUUUUCAUGAUAGGGAUUUGUGGUAUGGGGGGAUCCGGAAAGACAACUCUUGCUAGAGUGUUCUAUGAAAAACUUCGUAAUUCUUUUGAAGCCUUCAAAGAUGAAAAACCCAAAGAAGAUUAUAUGCAACUCUCCCUGGAUGUUGUACGCUAUGCUAAUGGCCAUCCAUUAACUCUUGUAACUUUCGGUUCCUUUUUGUUUGGAAGAACAGUGGAUGUAUGGCAAAGUGCAUUGGACAGAGGGAAGAUGAGAGAUCAAGUAAUAGAGAUAUUAGAGGCCUGUGGUUUUCACGCAAGACUCGGAAUACAAGUUCUCAAAGAAAAAUCUCUCCUAACCAUAGAAAACAAUGCAUUGCAGAUGUAUGAUAUAGUGCAAGAAAUGGGUAUGGAAAUUGUCCGUCAAGAAUCACCUGAAGAGCCUGGGGAGCGCAGUAGGUUGUGGCUUCAUAAGGAUUUGUUUCAUGUACUGAUGAACAAUACGGCAAAAACAGCAAUUCAAGCCAUAGUCCUAGACUUAUCUGGAGGGGAUGAGGCAUAUCAGCACAUUGAACCAUUCCAAUCAAAAGAGCUUGUUGAACUUAGACUGCGGUUUAGCAAAAUUGAAUAUCUUUGGAGAGGUGUAAAGUGUUUAGACAAGUUAAAAGUCAUCAAUCUUGAACAUUCCAUAGACCUUAUUGAGACACCUGACUUCACAGGGGUUCCAAGACUUGAGAAUAUUUGUCUUCGAGGUUGCAAAAGUUUGGUUAAGAUUGACCCAUCUAUUGGACAGCUUAGUAAGCUUACUGUUUUAAAUUUGGAAUUCUGCCAAUCUCUUAUCAAUCUUCCAAGCAGCACAGAUAGUUUAAGCUCUCUUGAAAUACUCAUUCUUUUGGGAUGCUCAAAACUUGCCAAACUGCCAGAGAACUUGGGGAAAAUCAAAAGUUUGAAGGAACUUAAUUUCACUGGAACUGCUAUUAGAGAAGUUCCAUCUACCAUUAGUUUCUUGAUAUGUCGUGGAUGUGAAAAGCAAUUUUUUAAGUCAAGGCUUGAUAGUGUUUUCUGCGUUCGCUCGUUAAAAUCUUUAUCACUAUCUACAAACAAGCUUGUCUUUGCCCUACCCACAAGCAUCAGUCAACUUCAGAAUUUGGAAUCUCUUAAUUUGGGCAACUGCAUUCAACUUCAAUCAUUGCCAGAGUUUCCAUCAAAUUUGAUAUAUAUAAAUGCUAAAGGUUGUUCUUCCCUGGAAUGGUCACAAGCACUGCUCAGUGCGGGCAAUUUGUCACAACCAUCAAUUUCAUUUUUUAAUUGCUGCAAGUUGGUUGAGUAUGAUGAGGGUGGUGAUGGUCUGGCAUUUGCAAUGUUGAAACAUUACCUACAGAGGCUCAUUUAUCCAAAAACUGGAUUAUAUGAAACUUCUACCAAAAGGAAAGAUAGGUCUAGAGCUGCGUUCCAGAUAAAUAUUCCUGGAUUGGAUGUUCCAGAGUGGUUAACUCAUCGAAGUAUUGGGCACUCAAUAUUGUUAGAGCGGCCUCUGAAUUGGUCUAAUAGUAGGUGGAUGGGAAUUUCUUUGUGUGCUCUUUUCAGAAUAAAUUUCUGCGGGUAUUCGAGCGAAAGAUAUAGUCUUAAAGGUCAUGUGAAAGCCUAUGGUGAUAUGCCUCAUGAUACUUAUAAAGUUAUUAAAGAGACAUCCUCUGAAGUUGUUAUUUGGGAGACAUCCUUUGAAGUUGCUAUUAGGGAAACAUCCUUUGAUUAUAAUGUGUGUCACCUUUGGCUAUUGUAUUGGUCUCGUGAUGAUUUGCUAGGUGAAGAUUGGAAUGAUCAUGAAUGCAGUCAGAUUAAUGUUGUAUUUGACAGCAAUAGCGAAAGUGUGAAGGUGAUCAAAUGCGCAGUCUGUUUGAUAUAUGAGCAAGAUGUGGAAGAGUUCAUUUAA